AUGGUCACUCGUAAAUCCCUCAUCACCGCAGUUCAAUCCCUCCUAACCGCCCUAUCCACCCCACCUGACCAAAAUCCAAACCUCCUCUCAACAUUUACAACUAAUCCACCACCUCUUUGUUUCGAACACGGCCUCCCCCAACUAGUCCCCUUCCUAGGCCGCUACUUCACCGGCCAAGAAGGCGUAACCCGCUACUUUGCUCUAUUAUCCGAACACCUUGAUAUCAAAAACAUGACCUUCGAACCCGACACCGACUGGCUAGUUGACGAGGUCUCGAUGGCCGUUUGCCUACGCGGGAAUGCACAGUUCGUCUGGAAAUCCACCGGCCAGGCGUGGGAUGAAACGUUCGUUUAUCGGAUUGUUGUUGCGGAAGAUACGGGUGCCAAAGGCUUGAAGGUCCAGGAGUAUAGGGUUUGGGCGGAUACCGGGGCGGCGUAUCUGGCUAGACUGGGACGGUUGGGGGAGUUGGUGACUGCGGAGCCUGGGAUUGGGAGUCUUGGAAUUCACGUUGCCGAGGAUGUGGAUGGGGCGAGGAUGAGCGGGUAG